AUGCCACAACUCACAAGCCUCCCCGACGAGCUGCUCUUCGCCAUCUUCUCCCACUGCUUUCGUACCGUCUCGUCCGAAGCAUCACCCGUGCACCCACCCUCCAACCCCCUAUCCAACUACAUCCUCACCCCCCGCCCUUACGCCCUCGCGCACGAAGCCUUCUUCGCAACCUACAUCCCCGUCGUGCACAUCACUCCAACCUCAUUCGAAUGGGACGAAGGCACUCUGCUCCACGAUCUGUACAGCCCCGUAUUCUCGCCUCGCGGCUCGCACAGAAGUGCAUUGGCGGUUGUUGCGGAGGUCCGGAAGUUGCGGGUGGUGGUCAGGGUGGAAGAUGAGAGGCAGGUGGGUACUGCUAUUUAUGAGACGCUGAGGGAGAUUCCACCGAGCUCCGCCAAAGGGCCAUUUGACAACUUCUUCGAUUACGACACCAAUCGCAUCCAGACCGGCUUGAGCAGCUCUGAGGGGAUUAAGGCUGUGAGACAGUAUGCGAUCACGAUUCAAGGGAACAGUCAGACCUGGAAGACAGAUGACUAGUUGUGCCGGCUCGAAGAAGGUCAUGAGGAGUUGGGAGUGAAAGCCAGUGCUCUUCCGCAAAUGGACGGCGAGUGGAUGGUCUACCUGUUGACCUCUGUGAGUAUCCUCCAGUGGAAAGGGAUAUGGAGGUGAAAGUGAAG